CUGCCAUGGCCCAUGGGGGAAGAAUAAUCCUCGGCUUUCACAAGGGUUGUAGUUGUGAACUUGGGAUGAGGAUAAGCAUCUGUCACCCCUUGCCCAAGCGCCUCGCUAACCUCGCACCAUACAUAACAUAUAACUACUGCGUAACAUCGCCAAACAAGCAUCCCCGGAGCCCGUUGUCUCUUAGCGCGAAGACCAUUGUGAACCGCUGGCGAGUGACUGACAUUAUUUUCAAACCUCAACACAUGGUAAAAAAAAUAAAUAAACCACGACAAAACCACCAGGCUAAUCCGCAAUUUAUCAAGAAGGAUUUAUGCAGAGCCUGAGACUAUUCCCCUCAGGAACGGCACGCCAGUGGCCAAUCAAGGAAGAUACAAAGUCUCCAUCCCUCUGCACCGCCACUGUCAGAGUGAAGAUCGCAAUCCAAGUUAUCCACCGCCAAAGUUGGAGAGGAGAGGAAAGAAGGAAAGUCUCGCGGUCUCUCGGGGUUUGACCUCGCAUGGCUGUCUCUCGGUAUCCAACGUUAUUUAUCAAGCAAUCAUUUAUCGAGAGAUUCUAGAUCACGCAGCGUGACGAUGCUGUGCAUUAUUGCCCCGUAGAGGUUUCAAAUUGGAAUCUGUCAGGCGCGCUGGAAAAGAAUAUGCCCUACAGCUUCUAUGUACACACCUAUUCAGGAAGAGACAUACAUACACAUACAUACAAAGGGCGAAGGGCUGGGUACACAGGGAGGAAUAAUGACAAUGAGGUUACAUACACCGUCAUUACUGCGAUGGAACAGCCCUCCCUGGGUUCAAUGGGUUGAGAUCCCGGCAUCUGAGACAGCAGGAUCGUGAUGGAUGGGUUGAUUGUUUCACCAUUACGUUAGGACUGGUCUAGGGUGGUUUUCGGGGACGAGCAAAUACUUCCGUUUGGAAACAGAUCGCAACACGCCCGUUUACCUGACGCAUCCGUACAUUACUAUGAUAGGUGCUCCAUAAAUCGCUUCUCUGACGCCAGGCGGCGCCUGGCUUGCAUGCUCCAUGCUGGUGGUUGAGUAUCUUACGAAAAACAAGCUUCAGCCGUUUCCUCUUUUUACGAAAAGAUUCUGUCCAACCGAUGAGAUGGAACUCGGGACGAUUCUAGGCACACCGCCCAGUCCGGAUCGGAUCAGCAGCAUUAUCAGCGAUAAUCACGAAAUCCUCCGUCCAGAUAGAUGUCCAUCACGAUGCUUGUUUGAAUAGGCGGAUGGAAAGGUCGAUGGUUGUGUGUGUAUCCAUCUGAACGACUGCACGAAAGUGGUUGUGGGCGCAGAAUUAUGCCUGGUAUCGUCAAGGAAGGACGGUAUGGUAUCAGGGGGGGUGUAAGUGUAAGAAUGGAACCCUCCUCCUCCCCUCUUCCAUGGCCAGAAUCCCAGCAGUUGAUCGACAGCCGAGUCUGCACGGAUCCAACCUACUGCGCGCUUCAGAUGUAGCCCAAUCAGGUCCGCCGCUUAGGAUUUCUUUGCCUUUUUCAGACCCGGCCUGAGUCCAGGCCAACGAGCCAAAGGACCCAGCAAGGGCCCGACGAUGGCGGUCUAAGUGGAGGCUUGUCCCCUGACUAGCCAGCCUUAGCGGCAGCUAGCUUUGUUUGCAACAGCCAGCGGUCCGUCCGCAUACACUUCAACCCAAGGAGAAAAAGAACGAGCCCGAGAGCAGCCCGAAAAGCGUUGCCCCAAAAGCAAAACCCCGUAUUAUUUAUUUGCCGUAUUCGUUCGACGACUCCCUCAUGCUUCCACGUCGCGCACCUUCCAUCUCUCUCGUUUCUCCUCCUUUCUCACCCUCAUAAUCCUCAUCCUCUUCUUCUCCAUAACCUCCUCCUUCUUCCCUCUCCGCGAGGAUUACUCUCUUUUACUCCCUCCGUUCGCUCCUUUUUUUGUCAUAUAUCGUUUGAGGAUUUCUCUGGACUUUACUCGCUGAAGGGAAAAAAAAAAAGGAAAACUUAAAGAAGCAUCACGCCAGCCAGGUUCCAGAACAACCGUGUGACACUUCGGGCUCGAUGAUUCCCUGAACGGACUUCAAACGGUUUCUUCAACCCUUCCCUCCUUCUAUCCAGUCUCUACCACACCACCCGUAUCUCAUAUGCUACAGUUGAAAGGGGAUAUAAAAUAACACCCCUAUACACUCUUUUUGUUUAAUAUUAUUUCGGGCUAUCAUAAUCAUGGGGCCCUUUCGAUGGAAAGUGCUCCUCCUGCUGAAUGUGCUGCUGGGCGUUGCUUCGGCUGUCACUAUUUCAGGCGCGAGGGGUGGCGUCAAUCACCAUACCGGUGAACGACCCGCUCGCAAGGACAUCAACAGGCUGCAGUGGUCUGGCCCAGAGUGGGAUCUCUACAUCCAGGCCCUCAAGGCUUACCAGGAAGAGGACCGGAGUCAUCUUUUGAGCUAUCAUCAGGUCGCUGGUAUUCAUGGUUACCCUUAUAAAUCCUGGGAUGGCGUGGAGGGUUUGGGGGGUGCUGGUUAUUGCUCUCACGGUUCGACUCUGUUCCCCGUAUGGCAUCGUCCUUACCUUGCCAUGUAUGAGGAGAGAAUCUCGCGCUAUGCCCACGCGAUUGCCAACACGUACCCGCCAAUCAUCCGAGGAAUUUAUCAAAAAGCUGCAAGUGAUUUGAGAAUUCCAUAUUGGGACUGGGCCAGCGAUCCGGAGCUUCCCCGCUCUGUGAUCACCCCGGAGCUUAACAUCAAUACCCCGGAAGGAUUGAGGACUGUUCGGAACCCACUUUACGACUACGCUAUCAAUCCAUCGGCUCAAGAAGGCUUCCCCAUUGACUCUCUUUCGAGAUACCACAGAACCGUCCGCAACCCCGACGAGCAGGGUGUAUCCCAGGUCGAGGCGAUCCAGAGAACUCUGAAUGCGAACGGUGCCCUCAUUCGAAUCAACACCUAUCAACUUCUUGCUGGCGAAACCAACUACACCGUGUUCUCGACUGAUGCUCUCCCGGACCGCCACGGAAGUUUCAACAACCUGGAGAACAUUCACGGUCUCAUUCACAAUUCUGUUGGAGGCAAUGGUGGACAUAUGACGUACACCCCCUGGUCCGCCUAUGACCCGAUCUUCUGGCUCCACCAUACCAACGUCGACCGCGUCGUCGCUCUGUGGCAAGCUGUCCACCCUGAAUCAUACGUACAGCCUCUGCCAAACCGUGGCGGAGAUUUCAUGAAGAGACCGGGAACCUGGGAAGAUGCAAAAACUCCAUUUGCGCCCUUCCGCGACCCCAACAACCGAUUCUACAAUGCCGAAACCUCUCGAAGCAUGAGACCCUUCGGCUACACCUAUCCCGAGAUUAGGGACUGGGGCGUUACCCCAGAGCAGCUGUCCAGGAACGUCCGCAUGGAAAUCAACCGACUGUACAACAGACCAGGCGACAACAACAGAAAGCGCAGCACCGCUCUCACCGCGCGCGCUGCGCACCACCACGGCAUGAUCAUGCACAAGCGCAUGCCCAACCUCGCCGAGGACACCCUGGACGACCUCAAGAAACUCAACUUCAAGGUUAAGGAAUUCUUCGAAGACCUAGGCAAAUUCAGCUUGCUCAACUUCAUCAAGCUGGGCAUCAACAACCUGGAGAAGCAGUGGGUUAUCAACAUCCGAGCGAACAAGUUCGCACUCCCCCACGCAUACAACAUCCACUUCUUCCUCUCGGAGCCCCCCGAAGAGUCCUGCGACUGGGCCUCUGCCCCUAACCUGAUCGGCACCUUCGCCUCCUUCGCCUCCUCCAUGGGCUCCCCAGCCAACAGAACUCGCGACAUGUACGGACAGAUCCCUCUCUCGCAUGUGCUGGCUGUGGUGUGGGACAGCAAGAUGAUCCUCGACCUGGAGGACGCGACGAUUCUGCCGCUGCUGGAGAAGCACCUUGAGUGGCGCGUGCAGGAUCUGACGGGCAAGGUUGUGGAUGCUGGUGAGCUUAUCGGGAGCUCCACGGGCCACUCCUGCGGGCUGGAGAUUACGAUUGCGGAGCGUGAUGUUACGCCCUUGACGGGUGAUGAGAAGGAGCGGGAUCACUUCCCGAUUCUUGGCGAAUGGAAGAUGUUUAAGGAUAUUACCCAGAAGGAGAAGAAGAAGAAGCAGUGCAAGCCUAAGUACAAAGUCUAAGGAAUAUUUUCUUUGCAACCAUUUUUUUUUU